AUGGCUAUAUACAAGGUCGUUGCCAUUCCCACGCUCAUCGGCUCCGCCUUGUCUUUCACGGCCACCUCCAUCGUCCUCGUCCUGCACGCGCUGUACCCACCGCCGCACCAUUUUCGGCACUCGCUCAUUUUGAAUUUGCUGAUAGCCGACUGCAUCAACAGCCUCAACAACACCCUUUCCGGCAGCUACAUCCUUGCCACGGGUCACCAGACCACCCAGUCGGCUGCCAGCAGGACCUGCCUUGCCAAUGCGUGGGUCGGCCAGGUCUCGGUCCAGACGGUCGACUUUAGCGUCCUCCUCAUCUCCGUCGUCGUGCUCGUGGCGGCCUUGAGCAAGCGCAUCGUCAAGUCGUCCACCAGGACGAGCGUCCUGCUCUGCGUGGCCACCUGGAUUCCCGGCUUGAUCACGGGCACCGUCGGUCUCGUAUUAGGCGCAUACGGCUACGUCGACGGCAACUGGUGCUGGAUCAGGCCGCAAUACCUCGGACUGCGGUACACCCUCACCCACGGCUGGCGCAUUGCCAUCUUUGCGACGACCGUUGCCAUUUACACCAUUGUCUACAUCCACGUCAAGAGAGUCUUUGGCAAGCUCAUGCCCAGCGCCACGGCGUCAACGGUCCUCGCGUCAAACACCUGGCCUCCGCAGCAGCAGCAGCAGCAGCAGCAGCAGCAGCAACAGCAACAGCAAGAGCUCAACCUGCUCAAGCACGCCGGCACGCACGAUCGCGACAGCCCGGAGCCCCUAUUCUCCCGCGCUUCUCUACCCCACGAUUCCCGCAGCGAGCCAAUGCCAGCGCCAGCGCCAGCCGCCGCUGCCGGGGGCUCCAGGCCCUGGUUCAAACAUGCUUUCCGGAGCCAGCGCGCCGCCCCGUUUCUCAAAGUCCCCGCGAACCCCUGCACGCCGGAAAACCGGCAAAUGGCCCAGAGAAAAAGCGACCUGCGCAAGAUCCUCUUCCUCAACGGAUAUCCCAUCGCUUACAUUGUGCUCUGGAUACCAGGCAUCGCAAACCGGCUUGCAGAGUCGCUGGGGAAUUCGCCCAGGUGGCUGGUGGUUCUACAGUCGUCUACGCAGUUUAUCGGGCUUGUGAAUGCGCUGAGCUAUGGGUUGAGCGAGCAGCUACGUCGGCGGAUAUCCGAAAAGAGGGAGCAGGUGCGACUGCGUGAUUGA